GGUGACGAGACCCCACAGUUGUUUGUCCUUAAUGGCAGCUGCUUUCCUCUUCGCUCAACCUGAAUUCUUCAUGGAUCGGGUGGUUGGAUAUAUUUAGAGGGGUCCACUUAUAUUGAAGUAGGUUCAGACCUGCCUGCCUGUAUCUCUCUGUCUUUUGAAGCCGCACAACCAGCUGCCUUUCGUCCAUUUGCUUUGAAUCCUGAAGGAAUGGAUCCUCGAGGCCUGAAAGAAGAUCUCCGUCUGUUUCAGAGCACUUUGCUGCAGGAUGGCCUCAAAGAGCUUCUGAAUGAGAAUAAGUUAAUCGACUGCACCCUGAAGGUUGAGGACAGAAGCAUCCCCUGCCAUCGGCUAAUUCUGGCGGCGUGCAGUCCGUAUUUCCGGGAGCUCUUCUUCUCCGUGGAUGGAAAAGAGGUGGAAAACAAGGAGGUCGUUUUGGAGGACCUUGACCCAAAUAUCAUGGAACUGAUUGUCAAUUAUUUGUACUCAGCAGAGAUUGACAUCUACGACAGCAACGUACAGGAUAUUUUGGCUCUUGCUAACCGCUUCCAGAUCCCAUCAGUGUUCACAGUUUGUGUGAAUUAUCUCCAGAAGGAGCUGACCAUGAAAAACUGCCUGGCCAUCUACAGGCUGGGACUGAUGAUGAACUGUGCCAGGCUGGCAAUGACGGCUCGAGAUUACAUCGCAGAUCGCUUUGAGGCCGUGGCUGAGGACAAAGACUUCUUGGAGCUUGCUCCUCCUGAGCUUUUCGCCAUCAUCGGAGCUGAUGCACUGAACGUGGAGAAAGAAGAGGUGGUGUUUGAGGCUCUCAUGAGAUGGAUCAGGAAAGACAAGGAAAAGCGCAGGAAAUCCUUGGAGGAGGCCUUCGACUUCAUCCGCUUUCGUCUUCUCCCAGAAAAAUACUUCAAAGAAAAAGUAGAGAAAGAUGAGUUGAUUAAAGGUGAACCAGAGCUUCUCAAAAAAAUGAAAGUCAUCAAGGAGGCGUUUGCAGGGAAGCUGCCUGAAAAACAGAAAGAUGGUGAUGAGGAAGGAGAGCAGGGGAAGCUGCCUGGGUGCCUGAAUGACACCCCCAGACAUGGCAUGUACAACAAAGACCUGAUUCUCAUGAUCAACGACACCGCUGCUGUGGCGUACGACGGCCAGGAGAACGAAUGUUUUCUCGCAGCAAUGGCUGAACAAAUCCCCCGGAACCAUGUUAGCCUGACGACAAAGAAAAAUAACCUGUAUGUGCUGGGGGGGCUGUUUGUAGAUGAAGAAGACAAAGAAAGUCCUCUGCAGUGUUACUUCUUCCAGCUGAACAGUCUUUCUGCGGAGUGGAUAGCUCUACCCCCCAUGCCUUCACCGCGGUGUCUCUUUGCUUUGGGCGAAUUUGAAAAUCUCAUUUUCGCUGUAGCAGGAAAAGACUUACAGUCCAAUGAAUCUCAUGACACGGUUAUGUGCUACGACACAGAGAAGAUGAAGUGGACGGAAACUAAAAAGUUGCCCUUAAAAAUCCACGGUCACUGCGUGGUCUCUGAGAACGGGUUGGUGUACUGCAUUGGAGGAAAGACGGAUGACAACAAAACCACCAAUAAGAUGUUUGCGUACAACCACAAGAAAGCUGAGUGGAAGGAAGUGGCGUCCAUGAAGACUUCUAGAUCCAUGUUUGGAGCCGUAAUCCACAAAGGGAGGAUUAUAGUUGCAGGAGGAGUUAACGAAAACGGCCUGACGGCGACAUGUGAAGCCUAUGACUUUGGAACAAAUAAGUGGGGGCCUUUCACUGAGUUUCCCCAGGAGAGAAGUUCACUCAACCUGGUCAGCUGUGGGGGGCUGCUGUAUGCUGUAGGAGGGUUUGCCAUGAUGGAAAAUGAGAACAAAGAGUGCACACCCACUGAAAUAAUCGAUAUUUGGCAGUAUGAGGACGACACCAAACAGUGGACUGGCAUGAUCAGAGAGAUGCGUUACGCAGCUGGAGCCUCCUGUGUCUCAAUGCGACUGAACACAGAAAAAAUGCCCAAAAUGUAAAACAAAAGAUUAAUUAUUCAGAGAGGGUACAUGCUUUUAUUUAGAAAAUCUUUUUGUCAUAAUGUAUCUGAUACAGUUCCUGUUUUGAAUUCUACUGUUGUUGGCUUUUUUGGGAGAGAAUAGUUUAUUUUCCUCAUAGUGUUGAUCUCAAACAAAAAUAAAAAUUACUCUGUCAAAUAUUU